UCUAUUUAAGACACAAUAGUUUCAUUUUCAUUUCACUUCAACGAAUUCAACUAUCAUCCAUUUUUCUCUGUCAAGCUAAAUCUUUUACAUGGCUCGCUCGUUGUCUUUGGCUUCCACCAUCUUUGUCUUUCUUUUUCUUCUUGCCACUGAAAUGGGCCCGGCUAUUGUGGCAAAUGCAAGAGAUUGCGAGUCACCAAGUCAAAAAUUCAAAGGAGUAUGUCUGAGUGAUCGCAACUGUGCUUCUGUGUGCCAAACUGAGGGUUUUACCGGAGGAGAUUGCAAAGGCUUACGUCAGAGAUGUUUUUGCACUAAACCUUGUUAAAAACUUUUUGAAUAUCUCUAUGAGAGAUGGUGGUUCCAUCACAUUUUGUAAUCCUUUUUAUUUUAGAAUAAUAUGGUGGAGUGUUCUUAAUUUUACAAUAAAUUAAUUAUAUAUGCUUAAGAUAUAAAUCAAUAUUAUAUAGCAUUAAUUUUUAAAGCAUUAA